AUGCGGCGGCGCAAGGCUCCUCCGCCGCGGCCUCCGGGCAGCGGUCCUAUGACGAGGAAGAUGAGGAAGUUGGCGGAGUCAAGGCCGCCGCCCGAGGACCCCAUCAGCAACCUCCCCGACGACCUCCUCGUCAAGAUCGUCUCGCUCCUCCCAACGAAGGACGGCGCCCGCACCCAGAUCCUCGCGUCGCGGUGGCGGCACCUCUGGCGCUCCGCCCCUCUGAACCUCGACAGCCACGGCCUCUACUCCUAUAGGGUCGAUCUUGCUCCCGUCGUCUCGCAUAUCCUCUCUUCCCACCCGGGUCCCGGCCGCCGCUUUUGCGUCUGCAGACACCACCUCAAAAGCAGACCAGUGUCCGUGGACGCGUGGCUCCGGUCCCCCGCUCUGGACAACCUCCAGGAGCUCGAGUACACCUUCUUCGAGCAGCCGCCGGCGUCGUUCUUUCGGUUCUCGCGCAGCCUCCGCGCUCUCACCAUCGGAUGCUGCAGCCUCCCGGAUGACACCAUCCCGGGGCCCCUUCGCUUCCCCCUGCUCAAGCACCUCGGGCUUGAGGACGUCACGAUCUCCGAGCGCUCGGUGCAGAGCCUGAUCGACGGGUGCCCUGCCAUGGAGUCCCUGCUGAUCCACGCCUGCUUCGGCUUCCGCCGUGUCCGGAUCAUCAACUCCCUCACCAUCAGAAGCAUCGGUGUGCUUGACCAAACUUCUUACGCGGAGAGUGACCUUGUUCGGUUACAAGAACUCGUCAUCGACAACGCACCUCGUCUCGAAAGGUUGGUCCGCAAUGAUGUGGAGAAUGGUCUGCAUGUCUCGGUGGUUGCCGCGCCUAAACUCCAGGCCAUAGGCUUCCUUUCCGAUGGAUAUAAGUUUUCCGAGCAGUGCUACCCUGAUCACCUCUACAGGCUCGAGCUCGGAUCCACGGUUAUUCAGGGACUGCGCGUCGAAAGUUUGGCAAUGGCGGUCUCAACAGUCAAGAUUCUUGCUUUCCGGACGAGAACUCUUUGCCUGGAUACGAUUGUUGAGUUGCUGAAAUGCUUCCCGUGCUUGGAGAAGCUUUACAUUAAGGUGACCAUUCUCCAUCAAAAAGAGCCAAACAAUUUAUGGAGGCGUAAACACCACAAUUUCAUAAAGCGUCAUGACAUCCGUCUUAAGACAUUGGUUUUGAGGCGGUACUGGGGAAACAAGUCGCAGGUUAACUUUGUUACGUUCUUCUUGUUGAACGCGAGAAUGCUAGAGUCGGUGACACUUCAGGUUGAACGUUAUAAUGAGGAGUUUGUGGAAGAUCAACGAACGAAGCUUCAGCUGGAGAACAGGGCUUCAAGAGCCGCUCAGCUCCAUUUUACAACCCAGAGAAGUUGA